GCCUUGCUGAAUACAGACGUCUUUUCGUAAACGCGACGCGACGCGGUUGGACGUGAUCCGAUAUCCGAUCGUAAUCAGGAGACAUCCGCGGUUUCCUGACAUUUGUUUAACAAACAAACUACCAAAAUGCCUCCUAAAUUCGAUCCCAAUGAAGUCAAGAAAGUGUACCUGAAGUGCGUUGGUGGUGAAAUAGGUGCCACUUCAUCCCUUGCCCCUAAAAUUGGUCCCCUUGGUCUGUCUCCCAAAAAAGUCGGUGAUGACAUCGCCAAAGCAACCAGUGACUGGAAGGGCCUUAAGAUCACAGUCCAGCUGACAAUUCAGAACAGACAGGCUACGAUAUCAGUCGUACCGUCAGCUGCUUCCCUGAUUAUCAAGGCUUUGAAAGAGCCACCCAGGGACAGAAAAAAAGUAAAAAACAUCAAACACAGCGGUAAUUUGUCGUUUGAUGAAAUAGUCUCGAUUGCUCGUGUCAUGAGGCCGCGAUCAAUGUCCCGUGAACUCAGUGGUACCAUCAAAGAAAUUCUUGGCACGGCACAGUCUGUUGGAUGCACAGUUGAAGGAAGGCCUCCACAUGACCUGAUCAUGGAUAUCAGCAGCGGAGAACACGAAGUGCCGGAAGAGUAAAUGCCUGUCAACAUCUUUGGAAA